AAUACUGAUGGGAGGGAGUUUUUCUUCCAAACCGAUAACAGAUUCGCAAGAGACAACCGAAAAAGAUGCCAGAACACACAACUAUAUCGUAGGUCUUCUAAACAGAGACGUUGACAAUGAUUCUGACGAACCAGAAACAUCAGAAGAGGAUUUUCCAAUAUCUUUGGACCUUAGAGAUUUUGAGGACCCGUUUCCUUUUGAAAAUCUUGUGUUUGAGGGAGGCGGAGCUAAAGGUGUGGCUUAUCCGGGGGCUAUCCAGGCCUUGGAAGAACUAGGGCUGAUAAAGCAAAUUAAACGCUUUGCUGGAACAAGUGUUGGUUCAAUGACUGCUUGCAUGGUAGCCCUUGGUUACAAUUCCACGAAAAUAAAAGAAGUUUUGGAGAAAGAUUUCAGAACGUUCUAUGAUGCAAGAUUAGGACGAUUAAGUCUUAUACCAAAUAUGUUGUUCCAUCUGGGAUGGCAGCCAAUGAACACAUUAUUUGAAUUUUUUGGAGAUCUUGUUGCGGAAAAGCUUGGGAAUAAAGAUGCUACCUUUAAAGAUUUGUACACAAAAACUGGGAAGGAGCUUUGUAUCGUGGUGAUGAAUGUAAACAAUAUGGAGGAAGAGUACUUCCACCUUAAAACAACUCCCAAUGUUCCUCUCAGAAUGGCUAUGCGCAUGUCAGCCAGCUUGCCAGGAUUGAUGCAACCCGUUCAAUAUGUAAUAUCCGGCCAAAAAAAUCUCUAUAUAGACGGAGGAAUUCUGGUUAACUAUCCCAUUUCGUGUUUUGAUGGGUGGUGGUUAUCAAUGAAGAAAGAAGAUACAUUUUUCAAAAGGUUACAACCAAUGGAGAAAAUUCAUUAUAUUAUGGACAAAAGACAGAGGUUUGCUCGGGAUGAAUUGAAAGCCUCAAAAACUUUGGGUUUUGUAUUGUAUAGUGAUAAUGAACAGCAGAGCUUCAGAGACGUGUACGAGAGUAGAGAAAACAGACGAAUAGUGUACCCCGAUACAAAAAUGGGCAGACAAGCUACACAAAGAAUGAAAAAAGAAAUGAAGCUGAGAAAAGAACAUGUGCUUGUAAAAGACGCCAUUAAUAAAUUUUUAGAGCUUUCAUCGAAAUUUGACGAGAACAGCGAUGAGACAAUAAGUAAGGAUGAGCUGGCAGCUAUCUUAAAUGAC